AACAAGAAAAUAAAAUGGCGACCCAGGACAGUAGUCCGUCGCUAAUUAUUGGUCAACAAUGGUCAGCACUGGCGGACUUUAUGUCUUCUAGCACAGAGAAUGAAGAAGAAGAAGGUGACAAGGAUGGUAAUAAAAAUUCCAGUGAUAGCAUGAAACUUUCAAGACAAGACAUGGGUCUUUUUGGUUUCUGUCCAUCAAGGGAUGAAUUCAGCCUGGUUGUUUGUGAGAAGUGUAACCUUUUGGUGAAGCCCCAAGCUCUUAAAAAUCAUAUUGAAUCUCGCCAUGGACCCACAAAUCUCAGCAGUCUGGGCAAUAUUCCAGCAUCUGCUCUUAACUCUGAACUUGGUAAAAAGUUACUUAUGCCAUUGCCAUCCAAAACCUCUGCUCCGCCACCACCACCGACUACAAAAUCAGGAAAUAGGUCCACAGGAGGUAUAUUUAAACCAGUCAGCUCUGGGCGACCUCCUACAAAAGCAAGCUUAAAGCAAGUGCCUGCUUCUAUGAAAAACAUUUCAGCCCCUCAUGUUGGGGUUAGUAUGAAAAUAAGUCCUCUCAAAUCUGUUAAGCCAGGAAAUAGGAUAGCACCAGCGACCACGGCUUCAACAGCUAUUUCCAAUCCAGUUGUUAAGGUAGAGAAACUAGAAAAGGUGGCAAGUGUGCCAACAUCAUUGUCUGAAACAAGCUUAGAAGAAACAUCUGGAUCUGCAUCAGAUCUCUCAAGCAGUGUUGUUAGUAUAGUGGACACAUCGAAGAUUUCUACUUUAAUGAAUGGCUCAAUAAAGUCUGCUGUAUCACUAACAACACCAUCUUCGGUGGCAAUAACCACUUCACCUUCUAUUAUCUCAACUCCUACUUUGAUUGCUGUUACAAAAUCUUGGACUGACACACCAUUAAGUACACGAAGUGUGACAACUUUUGUUACAACGACAGUAGGAACUAAGCCUCUUAUGAUAGCACCUGUGAUGACAAUUGGUUCAGCUGGUGCUCUAGCAGCAAGACCAAUCACAAGUGCUAAGAGUUCUAAGGCUGGAAAAGACCAAAAGGAGCGCAAAUUUUUACCAUGUAAAGAUCGUGAAUAUGAUGCUGACAAGCACUGUGGGGUUAAGGUAUCAGAGACUGGGAAGCCUUGUACUCGUUCUCUUACCUGCAAGACACAUGCAUUGUCAUUAAGAAGAGCAGUCCCAGGAAGAAGCAAAUCCUUUGAUGAUCUUCUUAAAGAGCACAAGGCAGCUAAAGAUGCACUUCUGAAAGCUAAAGCUGAAAGUCAGAAUUCUGCAGCGAAUGCAAACCGUGUUUCACCUGGAGCUGCCAAUGCUACGUUAAAACAGCAAGCAUCUCCUGGAAUGAGCUCAGGGAAUAUAAAAUUGAGUCACACUAGUGCAGUAACUGUAGCAAUGUCUAAACCUACAGUACCUUCCACUGGAAUUCCUGCUAAUACCACUUUUGCCAAACCUAGAAAUGUGUUUCAAAGAUUUACCUCAUCUGCUUUACUUCCUCCUGUUAUAACUGUGAAAGAGGAGUCAGCUGUCAAACAGGAAACCACUGUUAGGGUUACAUCUGGUGAACCAACACGCUCAUCACUGGAUAAAAAACCAGACCAGAGCUUCCUCUCUCAUCACCCUAAACCAAUGGCUGUUUGUCAGUUUGGUGGUCGGCUUAAUGAUAGAGGCUGUUUCUUGUUUUGUCGUAAAAUGGAUUAUGUGAGAGCAGCUUUCCUCAGUGCUUUAGAGCGGCAGUUGAAUCCUCCUCCACACAAGAAACUGUGUGUUGAAUCUAAUUUACCAAAGGAAGUUCAAGCUGUUAACAGUUCACAUGACCCCUAUGAAUUUAAUAUGGUGGAUGCUAGUGGCGCAGCAUUCAACAGAAACUCAACACUGAUCAAUGUUGCCAAGCCAACCAUCAAACCCAAAUCAAAUCUGGCCACCUCUCCCAUGGCAGCUGCAGCAAAUACAUUGACUUUUACAUCAGUUAAUCUCUCACCUAUAUCAGUAGCUGCAUCUCUAUCAUUGCCCUCAUCCAUCGCACUUACAGCUACCCCCUUAUCAGUAUCUUCAGUAACCCAAUCCGGCCUUGCCCUAAACUGGUCUGUCAAGUCCAGAGAUGUAGUGAAUUCUCGUAGCCCAUCAGCAUCCCCUCUUCCUACCAUUUCAUCAACACAACUCACAAAUCCUGGCAAGAGAAAACGAAGUGGAAGCAGUGGGGGCCCGAAUGGCCAGCUCGUAGCUGUUGCUAGCAGCAAUGGAGCGCUACCUGUAGCCCCAUCUGUUACUUUUGCUGUCUCUGCCACCAACCUUACUGGUGCUAUCUCACAACAGUCUAGUCUGACAGGUAUACUCACGCCCAGUUUAAACAGUCAUCACCAUACUAGUAAUUUGAUAGCCAUUCCAAAUGUGAACUUGACAAACACCUACCUUGGUCAGCUCAACACUGGCACAGCUGCAGCAGCUAAACUCAACACGACAAACGCUGCCACCGUUUCAGGCUCAGCACAUAAAAAUAACAACAUAUUUAAAGACAUUAACCUUGUACUCACUGGCAUAGAUUCAUCUUCGUUGGUGAACGGACAGUUAGUCAACAUAACAGGAGCUCAGUUGGCCGAGCUUGCAGCUAAUCAAGGAUCAACACUUUUCUUUAACAAAAAUUUUACACCAAGCAGUUCCACCACAUCCAGUACAACAGGCACCAUCCCUGGAACUGUGAAACGUAACAGGAGUUCAGCCUCUAAGUCUCAACAGGUAGUGAAUAAAUCUGCCUCCAAGAUCCCAGUUCUGGAGGGCUUCAAGUUGAUUCCAAGUAGUAGUGUGAUAACUUCAGCAGGCCUGCCAGCAAACGCAGUGCUUAUGGACAGUGGAAGUUUACUGACUUCAGUGGCCUUAGCAUCAGGGUGUAAUACACCUACUUUAGUUGCAAUAACCUCAACAGCCAAUUCAGCCGCAGGCAAUCCAUCACAGCUUAUUUGUGUGGAUUCUUCAUCAAACCAGAUAACAAGUUCCACAUUUGUGAACGGCUUAGGACAAACAUAUGAUAAAUCGGGCAACAGUCAGCGUCAUCACACUUCUGCUUCUAAACCCCAUCAUCACAACCAACACAACAAAGCUCAACAACAAAGUAUUUCCUUAAGUAACAUGUUACAAGCCAACUCCUCAUCUAUAGCAGUGCCACUCCCCUCAGGCUCUGGAGCUCAGCUCUGUUCUAGCCAAGCCAUAUUAAAACCAGGAGGGACUUUUAACUUGAGCAAAGGAGUGUCCUUGACUUUUCCAAUCAGUGUCAGCCAAGCAAGUCUGGCUGCUCUGACUGCUGCCAGCAAACCUCCACAGCUCCAGCAACAGCAGCAGCAGCAGCAUACGCUUCUUGUCACCACCAGUGGAGGAGCUUCAAGCGAUGUGGAUGCAACUGCAGUCCGCGUGUCUGCUAAAUCUGAUCUUCAUUUACAGUCCCAGCUUUCCAGUUCUUCUGCAGGAAAUCUCAUAUCUUAGCAACGAAUUUAAAAAAAAAAAUAUCCACUUGCAAUGAAGGAUAAACUCUAGCUCUGAGAGGACGAAAAAAACCAAAGAAUAUCCAUCUUGUGACAACUUGUGGCCCAGAUGUCUUUCAGUUGGUAAUUGUGUUUGUGUACUGAUUCCUGGAGCUGUAUAAGUUGAGUCUUCACAGUAGUAGUGACACAGUCAGUAACUAUCAGAGGUUGAUGUUUGGCUUGUAUCAGUUUUCUUGCACCCAUGGAGUUAAGUGCUGCAAUAGGAUGUUGUUAUUUAGUGCCAUUCUAACCUACUGCUGCUACAGGUACAAUACAUCCAUUGUGUUUAAAUAUAUACUUGUCCCAUUACUAAAUAGACAGAGCUGACAUAAUAUGUACUGUAUAAAUCUGUUGCAAUGUUUGACACCAUAUGGUUUUAGUAACAUAACAAUGAAGAUAAACAGUUAUUUAUAUUAAGCAAUUCUUUAUUUCCAUUUUCUGUGGUUAUUUAAUUUAUUAACAUAUGACUUCUCUAAUUUAUUGAUCAUCGAAGCCUAAACCACUUUUGCAGACUAAGGAUUUAUGCAUUCAUUGCCCAUGUUCUUGGCUGACAAGAUGAACAAAAUGCUAGGCUGAUCUUGUUGGACAUUUUAUUAUUACACAAUUUUAGGUGGAAAUACUCUAACUGGAAGCAUUUUGGUUGGAUAAGUCGUGUAACAGACAACUGUAGAAGCGCUUGAAGUUUAGAAAAUUAUAUUCUUAUAAUAUCCUUUCUUAAGAAUUGUGUUAUAUAUGAUGGAUCUCUCUUUUUUUUCUGUUUCUUUAGCAAUAUAUCUAGUGUAAAAAUUUGGGAAAGUAAAUGGCCAUAAUCUUAUACAGAUUUUUGGUAAAGAAUUAUAAAUAAUGACAGCAACUUAAUUUACAUUACAAAAAAAGUAUCUUCAGUUGCAAGUCGUGGUUAAAUAUAGUCAUUACCCUGGAAAAACCGCUAACCUUGUUAGAAAUAAACCCUAACAAGUAAGCAGGAAUUGGUUUUACAGACCUUGCUUGCAUUGUUGCUGAAGCUCAAACAAAAAUGCAUAAUUUAAAAUUGAAUUAUUCAAUAGAAAUUUUCUUAAAUAUAAAACAAUACAAGCUUUACUUGAAACGACAGAAGUAGGUUGGUUAUAAUUAGAAGCUUUUCACUUGUAAAGUUGUUGGUUUUGUUCUGUCUGACUGAGCUGUGCUCAAAAACCAUUUGACUUUCUACUGGCUAUAUUUCCCAUUAAUGUUGGUAGGUUUUUUUUUUUUAUUUUGUAUAUUAUCUCGAGGUUUCCUAUAUGUGAUAUUAGUUUGUAAAACUAACGUUUUGUUAUGUAUACAUGAAAAAAUUCCAUCUUAAUUGAGUGAGUUAAAACUUUCGCCUAUACAUUACUAUUGGUGCUAAAUAAUAGAUUUGUAUGCUCCCUGAUUUUGUUGUGUCUUUAUUUUAUCAUCUUUAAUGACUAGUUAUGAGCUUUAAUUUUUAUCAAACAAAUAGGUCUGAUUAUUUGUGUGCUAGUUGUAUACUUUUAUUUUCCUUCACUCUCGCUGUACGAGUCUAAGAAUUCUAUGCAUUCAAACAUAUCAUUCUCAAACAACUCUUUUCACGUAACAUAUCAUUAUAUCCCAGCAUUCAUUGCUGUGGUGUUCAGCACUAGUAGUACUGUGAUUUUAACUCUAGACUAUGUAAUAAUUAACAUCCUUAUGUACUUUUAACAGCAUCAAUUUGAAUAGAUAGACUAUUUAUUAGUUGUGUUUAAAAUAGCAUUGUAUUUUUGCUGGGUGUUUCUUGUAAACUAUAUACUAAUGUAUUAUAAUUCUUAUAUUUUACCAUUUCUUUACUUUCAAAAAGAAUCAGCUAUGUAGCUAUUAAUCAGUUUUUUAAAGAAUUUUUUUUAUUAAUAACUUCUACAUUUCCAUGAGUUUUCUUUUAAAAAAGUAGUUUUUGAGUAAUUUUAGUAGAACUUCUAUACUUAAACCUUAUUUAUUCUGGGAAUCUUCAAAAGUUAUUAGUUUUUCUAAACAAUGGAAAUUGGAUAAUGCUUCUUAAUAUCCUAUAUUAAAAAAAUCCUUAGAAAUUUACAAAAACCGGCUAAGCUCAUUAAUAUGUCAAUAUUCAAAAGUAUAUAUAUAUAUAUAUGUAUGUAAGUAUGUAUGAGCAAAUAUUUUAAAAGUUUAAUUAUCAAAAUAUAACCUAUUUUUAACAUCCUGAGGGGGGUCUGAGGCAUGUACUAAAGCUAACAUCUCCAGUAACUGUAGUUGGCUACAAAGUUGACUUCUUCUAAAGUCACAGUUUACAAUAUGAAAUGUCCCAAAAAAAACAACACAUACUCUUCUCUGAAAGAAUUUCUUAUUCUUACCUACUGCAUCCUAAGUUUUCUGUGUCUAUUUAGAAGGUUAUGAGCCCCUUUGAAACUUGAGAGUAUUCAGUCCUUCUAGUCAUAAAUGAUAAACUGCUUUAAGUGUUAUUUUAAUCCAUUUUUCGUUCUAUGUAAACAAAAAAAAACCAACUUGUUUGCUCAUUUAGAAUAAUUAAACACUAUGCUGUUGAAGUUAGAUUUUCAUGCACUGGCCUGCUAAACUUUAGUUAAUCUUUACAAAAAUGAAUAAGUUUUUAAAAUGUCUUUUUUUUUUUUUUUCUGCUAGUCAGUGUUAAACUAAUGGAAAGCCAUAUUUCUGUAUAUUUUUUUUUCUAACAGAAUCAUUAGCUGUUGUACAUGAUUCAAAUAAAUACUACUACAACAUAGUAAGUUCCACUUAAAAUAAAUGAAGAGGAUAGACAACAUAACUUUCUGUACUUCUUUAUCUUUUUCCCUUGAAAAGAAAAUUUUAAAUUGAGUUAUUAAUAGAAAACAUCUUUACAUGUAUACUUAUCAAUAAUAUACUUACACUUAAUACAAAAAGUGAAAUGAGACCUUUAAAAAUGUGUAUUCUAUGCAUUAUGUACAGUAAAAAUGUCUUUUUCCCCUUAUAUUUCUUCUUAUUAGACUGAUUUUUAUUGGCAGCUCCUUUUGUAUCUGCUAGUUUACUGACAUGCAUCAGCUGAAGGAGAUGGUUAGCCUCUAAACAAAGUACAGGAAUUAACCAAGUCAUAAGAACAUAAUUUUUUUAUAUGUGCAAUGUCUGCUCCAUUUCUUGAAUGAUUUCUUGCUCAAAUGUUGUCAGUUAUUUGUAGAUGUAGACUUAGCCGGUAUAAUCUGUUAAUUUAAAAUUAAUGAAUCUCUGGUGCAGUUGUUUGGACUGUAAAGAAUUAAAAAUGACAACAAAUAAGAAAAUAUAUAUCUAUAUUUUGUAAAGAAUGUUUUGUCUUUUGUACCCAAGCAUUUCAAUUUCAGUAAUGAGAAAAUGCUGUUUUGUUUUCAGUGAUUGUUUAACUGAGAUGAGUCAUUUAAAAAUGACUCUACUAAAACAUGCUGUCAUCAAGUUAAUAGUCACCUUGACAGAUAAAUCCUGCCCAAGUACUUAAUGAUAUGUUUAAAAAUAGCAGCAUUUGUCUUAUUGUUUACAUUAGAAUGGGCUGAGGCUUAUAACAAGUUGAAGUUACUGAUCAGAGUUGUUAGCCUAGUGUGGUAACUAGAUCUAUACAGAUGCACAUUUGGCUUUAGGAGGGGAGGGGGGCAGUAAACUUCAGCAUUUUGAACAAAUAUGUGUAUUUGAAUGUGUACUUGUAUGAUUUAUUAAUUGGAAAAACCCUUUGAACACAAUUUUUUGAUGUUUCGAACUAGAUUGUAUUUUGAAAGGUUUCAUUGUGUCAACUGGCUUUGCCAUUAAAAGUUGUAAAAUGGUGCAUAUGGUAACUUGUCAUGCCUUGUUUAUUCUAGAUUUGUAAGCUCUGUAACAUCUAAGGCACUUUUUUUCUCUACAUCCUGUUAAAGUAAGUUGUGAAAAAUUCUUUUCAUUUCCAAACAUCUGUUUUUAUAAUAUAGCACAUUCCCCUCUGGCCAACAUUGGUCCUUUUAUUGCUAGUACAAGUAUUACUGCAAGAUACAAAAACACAUGUCCAUACAGCAGUUGGUUAAAACACUAAUUAUCUCACAUAAAGAAGCUUUGGGACAGUUAUUUUCAGGUGUUAUUUCUCUUAAAUCCAUUUAUUUUGGCUUGGCUUGUUCACAUUUAGAAAGGAAAAAAAUAGCAGUAAAUGCAGUUUUAAGUUGUGUAGGUUAGUGUUAGUCUGUCUUUAUCAUCUGUUUCUAGUCACUCAAGUAGUUCUGCUACUUACAAUAGGAUAUGUUUAAAUACAAACAACUGAACAAAACAGUCAUGUAUUCCUCAUGCAUACAGCUAAGGAAGUGUACUAUUAGGGAAAUACAGUCCCAACAUUCUCUGAGCAAGUCUAGCUUAGAUCAGAGAUGUUAAAAUAUGUUUGACCUCUUCUACUUAACAUGUUUGUCAUCUGUGCAAAUGUCUGUGAUUUCUAUUAUUUCAAUUUGCCUUUUGUUGACUGAUGUUGUUUAUAUGUACAUUGGAGAUACCAUGCUAAACAUUUCAAUCCAUUGUAAAGAUGUAAAUGUUUGACGUAUCAUGACUGACAUUAACAAAUGGAACUGAUUAUCUCUUUCAUAAAGAGAUACUCUGUUGUGCUAACUAUGUGAUAUUUUUGUGUAUUAUCAGGGAAGUUUUUCCUAUGCUAAUGCAUUGAUUAAAAAAACAAAAUUGUAUUAUUACUCUGAUGUAAAUAUGAAGCCUCUGCAUGCCAAGUGUUAUGAUAUUAGUGAAAUUGCGCUCUCACUAGAAGAAAUUGGAUAAUGGUUUCUUAUUUUUGGCCACUUGCUUUGUAAAUAUUGUACAUAUUACCUUUUUUUAUUAUAUUUCAUUACAUUCUUACACACAUGUGUACAAACGUCCUUUUCUUAUGUCAUUUGUUAUCAUUACACAUCACAUCAUUAUUGAAUUCUUUGAGGUGACAUCUUUGAAUUUAUACAUAAAUAAAACAUUGAAAAAUAUGAGAUGGGUUUUUAAAUUAUUUUAUUGCCUCAGUCUUGUAAAUGUCAGCAUGUUUUAAAGUCAGCCUUUUUUCCCAUUAAAAAUAAAAUUACAUUUAAUUAUUUAUUUAUUUAAUUUGUAGCUUCUACUGUAGGCAACAGAAAGCAGAAGUUUGGUACUACUGAGAGUAAAAUGUUUGAAAGUUUGACCUAAGAUACAUGAGAUAGGUUGUCUCUCCCCAAAAGGAGGGAGACCAUUCACAACAGAUGUUGG